GUUGUGAAAUGACGGAAAAAAAUCAAUAUUGCAGAAAAGAAAAAAAAGAAAAGAAAAAGGAAAAAGAAAAUUGUGAGACGGUGAAACUUGAAAGCAAACAAAGAAACACAUUAGAACACAGUGACAGAGGUGAUGACUUUGGUGAUGAAAAUAAUAUAGAGAAACAGAGUGGUGAUGAAAUGUUAUAGUGACUGACUAAACUGGUGAUGACUUGUGUUGGGUUGUCAUUGAGGUCAUCGUCAUCAUCAUCAUCAUCAUCAAGCACCACCUCCACCACCACCGCCGCCAGCAACAACAACAGCAACAACAACAACAGCAAGACGGGUCGCUGGGCACACAAGAGGAAGAAUACACCGAUUAAGGCUCCCGGCAUGGUGGCCCGCUCAGACAGCCAGAAGACGCCCCUCGUGGUGCAGAUCGAAAUGAAACCGCCGGACGCUGACAAGGUGAGGGAGCACCUGGAGAAAGAUAACGAGUCGUCGCUGCAGCAGCUGCUGAACGAGGGGACCUUCGCCGGAGUGCUGCGGCCCCGGCCCAGCGGCCUCUCGGCGGACACCGCCACGUCGCUGCACGUAGCCGCGAGGCACGGCGCCGAGAAAUGCCUCAAGCUGCUGCUGAACCACAGGGAGGCCACCGAGGCCCUUGAGGCCCCUGACGUGACUGGCGCGACGGCCCUACUGGUGGCGGUGGCCGAGGGGCAGACCGCGGCUCUUCGCCAGUUACUGGAGGCCAAGGCCAACAUCAACGCCCGGGACGAGAGUCACCGCUCGGCGCUGCACUGGCUGGUGGUGAAGCUCUCCACGGAGCAGACUGAGGAACAGCAGAGCCGCCUGCAAGAGGUUGCGGACCUGUUGCUCUCCGCGGACCACGUCAACAAGCUGGACCUGGAGCCCCACGCGUCCCUGGCGCUCCUGAGCUCUGCCACGCCGCUGGCUGCCGCCGCCGCAAAGCUGCGCCGCGCAGGGGGCGGCGAGCCCUGGAUGUCUGGCCUCCUCAAACUGUGCGAGAAGCUGGUGGCGGCGGGAGCCUCGAUCUCGGAAGAUGCGGGUGGCGACGCCACCGUGGAGCAGGUGCUCACAGGGAAGGGCUGUUUGACGCCGGAGCUUCAGCGGAGGCGGCGGUCACCGCCCUCGCGGCCCACGGCGGCCCACGUGGUGGACGUGGUGUCCAUGGGCGGGGGCGGCAGGGAGGUGAGGGACGUGCUGAAGGGGAAGCCUGAAAAGGAGGCGCGUGCGGCAGUAAACUCCCGCCUGGGCAAGGACAGCCUGCUGUGGCGCGCCAUCGACAAGGCCGACGCCUCGUUGGUGGAGGCGCUGCUGGACUUCGGCGCCGACCCAUGGAGGACGGAGGCAACGGGCGAGCUGGCACUCCACUGCGCCGCUUACGUGGGCCACGACGCUAUCUUCACCAAGCUGCUGGAGACGAUGAAGGGCCGCGACACCACCCUCGACCUGGGGGAGCACACCACCAGCCUCGUCAGGAAACUCAUGCAGAAGGGCCGCAGCAAGGCGGGGCCGCAGGGCGCCGACCACAUGGCGUGCCUCCGCCGCCUGCUGCAGAAGGACGUGAGGCUCGACCUGAACCAGCGGGACACGGAGCAGACGGCGGUGCACGUGGCAGCGGCCUUCAACAACCAGGAGGCGGUGAGCGAGCUGCUGCGCUGCGGCGGCCUCCUCGGGGCCAAGCGGCUAGUGCUCGGCAGGCCCUGCGGCACCGUGCUGGACAGCGUGCUGCCCGCCACGCUGGAGCGCGCCAUGGACGGCUGCGUCACGCACCACCGCGUGGGCGGGGGCGGCGGAGCCGAUGAGGCCGAGAACGUGGUGAGCGAGGACUACACGCUGCACCUCGACUACCGCUUCCUGCUCCCGCCGCCGCAGGAGGGCGGCAAGCAGGAGCCCAAGCCCGUGAACGAGAUGGUGACGCUGAUGGAAGUGUGCCGCAGCCGGAGGCACCGCCACGCCAUCCUGCACCCCCUGGUGCAGACGUUGCUCUACGCCAAGUGGCGCAAGGCCCUACCGCUUUACCUCCUCAACCUGGCCAUCUACUUUUUCUUCGUGGUCGUGCUCACCUUUUUCGUGUACCGCCUCAAGGACCUGCGGGUGCUGGAGGCGCGGCUGGCGAGGCUGCAGCUCAACGGCACCGUGGACACCGCCCCGGUGGAGGCCGAGGCUGAGGGGCAGAAGGUGGCUUUGUACCUGCUGGGGGCCCUGCUGGUGGUCUCCUGGAUGUUCAUGCUGCUGCGGGAACUGUUCCAGAUCGUGUUCUCCCGAGAGUUUUACCUCAAGAGCAUCGAGAACUACCUGGAGUGGUUCCUGCUGGUGGUGGUGGUAGUGCUGUGCGCCGCGCCCCUCGGCCUGGACGAGACGCGACACCUCGCCGCUUGGGCCAUGAUUGUGGCAUGGUACGAGUUCGUGCUGGUGCUGGGCCGCGCGCCGCCCCUGGCGCUCUACAUCACCAUGCUGCGCCACGUCUCAUAUAACUUCCUCAAGAUCAUCUUCCUCUUCAGCGCCCUCAUCCUUGCCUUCACCAUCAGCUUCAACAUCAUCCUCCAGCCCUCCGGCGACGACCAGAACGAGGACUUCAACAACUUCUGGACCACGCUGCCCAAGGCCAUCGUGAUGUCGACGGGCGAGUUCGAGUACUCAGACCUGAGCGAGCGGUUCCCCAAGACGAUGCUCAUGACCUCCGCCGUGCUGGUCUUCCUCGUCUUCCUCUUCCUCAUCUUCCUCGUCCUCAUGAACGUGAUGAACGGCCUGGCGGUCACCGAUACGCAGCAAGUGGUGGAGGACGCCAGGCUGUACUCCCUCACCUCCCGCCUCGAGCUGGUGUACUUGGUGGAGACGUUCUUCAUCUACUUCCUACGCCGCUACGUCGGUAAGAUCCAGCUGCUCUCAGGCCCGGACAGCGCCCCGUCCCUCCUGGUGAAGAUCAACGAACCGAAGAAGGGCCAGCGCCUCCUAUCGGGUCACAGUCACACGAAUCCGCACAAGCUUGAUGGAGACACGACGGAGUGCUUGAGAGUCCACCGGCUGCAGUACCUCGAGGAUCAGAAGAAACAGCGAUGUGACGAGAGCGCAGCGCGACUUGACGAAGCUGUGCAAGGCCUCGCCACUCAACACCCCGACCUCCUGAGAUCCCUGGCCGCCGCACUGCGCUCUGGGCCGUGAGGUGCAGGGCGGGAAGAGGAGAGUAGGGCAGCGUUGCCAAAUUAUCGUACCCAUCGCAUUGCAUUUUCGUAGUUUCUGACCGAUAAUUAUAGAAAAAGUAACAAACAAACAUCAAUGAAUAACAGUUUCAACGCUAACUUUAAAUUUCUAUUGUUAUUUGUUCAUGUACGAGAGUUUGAGGCUUGAAAAUGAAUAUACGAUGUGGUGAGUACGAUAAUCUGGCAACGCUAGAGUAGAGGCAAAAGGAAUCUGUGAAAGGAUGGUUAGGGAAGGAAUGGUUGAAGGAGGAACGAAGGGAGGAGAGUGAAAGGGGAGUGAGUCUGUGAGAGAAUGGUUAAGGAAGGAAUGGUUGAAGGAGGAAUGAAGGAAGGAGAGUGAAAGGGGAGUGAGUCUGUGAGAGAAUGGUUAAGGAAGGAAUGGUUGAAGGAAGAACGAAGGGAGGAGAGUGAAAGGGGAGUGAGUCUGUGAGAGAAUGGUUAAGGAAGGAAUGGUUGAAGGAGGAGAAACAAAGGGAAGAAAGGAUGAAGGAAAAGGAUGAUGAGGGUAAGAGUGCGUGUCUGUGUUGAGGAGAAAGAAGAUGAAGAAGAAAAAGAAGAAGAAAAAGAUGAAGAAGAAACAGAAAAAGAAGAACCGUCACAGCAGAUCAGUUGCAUACUUGUUGAGGCCAAACCGUGUGUGUGUGUGUGUGUGUGUGUGUGUGUGUGUGUGUUUAGGCAGCUGUAUGUAGUAUUGCCAAGUAAACUGUACACACUCAUAAUUCUCAGCAGCCAUUCCAGUCCAUUGUUGUGAAGAACGAACACUGUCGCCAUAUUGUCUGUACCUCUCUCUCUCUCUCUCUCUCUCUCUCUCUCCCUUACUUAACUAUAUGUAAGCCAGGAACAAGCUAGCUAUUAUGUACUUAUUUUGUACUUAUUUCUAUUAUUAUCAUUACUAGAAGUGUGUGUGUGUGUGUGUAAUGCUGCGUUCGUCCACUAAACCUAAUCUAGCACACACACCUUCUGCUGGUAAUGGUUGUAUACAAAUGUUUUAAUUAAUUACAUUCUUACACAGAUAGUCGUUUACGUUCGAAGCUCUCUCGUGAAUUUAGUUAACAAGUUUAGGUGAAUCCAAGAAUGUGCUUUCGCUUAAGUUAUACAUAUUUGUUUGUAAUCUUUCCAGGAAUCUCUUAAAAGGCCUUAUUACUAAACAUUUUGUGGCCCAAGUGCACACAUUUAACAAGGCUUUCAUAUAGGAGUUUGGGGCAUUUCCAGGGGUAGUUUAAUGUCCCUGGUGGUAGUUUGGCCCUUCUUCUGUACAAUGAACCUAAAGAAACAUACAUUGGAACCUGAUUGAUCCCCUCUUUGACCUUUAGAAAUACUGAUGUGAGAAGAGUCUUAAAAUACCGACCUUGAAGUUGGGGAAGCGCCGGAAAUAUUGGACCAGUUCCACAGUCCAGCAAAGGGUUGUAUUAUAAACUUAAAGGCGUUCAAGAACACAUAUAUUUGACAAGGCUUUCGUAGGAGUUUGGGACAUUUCCAGGGGUAGUUUAAUGACCCUGGUGGUACUUUGACCCUUUUUCUAUGCCGUGAACGUAAAAUAUUACUCAUGGGAACCCGAGUCAUCUGUUUGGUCUUUGAAAGCAGUUGAUGUGCAAGCCGAAAGUGUCUAACGAUACCGCCCAUAGAGUCAUGUCAUCGCCCGAACCAAGCUGUAUUCUCGACAAUGAUCCGUUAUAUCUCCUCAACACCAGAUGCUAAAUAGAUUCCCUGUGUAGUUUUCUUAAAUUUCUUAUCUUCUACAGCAUUGCCAACCACCAGACAGGGAAUUUUGGUGGGUAGUAUUUUUUUUACAGCGAAGGAAACAGCUCAAGGGCAAAUAAAAAGGAAACAAUAAUGAAAAAAACCCGCUACUCACUGCUCCUAAAAGAUGAGUUCAGAGGAGUGGCCGAAAGAGAGUAUUUUUUUACAGCGAAGGAAACAUCUCAAGGGCAAAUAAAAAGGAAACAAUAAUGAAAAUUAUUCAUUCGUGGUACAGAAGAAGAGUUAACCCGUCUGCUGCGAUUGGCAUGGAUUUGGCUUUCACUGGUAGCCUGGUAACAUAUAGUCCCAGGUCUUUCUCUGCCUCUGUGGUGGAUAGUGGAGUGUUUCCCAUGUGGUAUUGGUAUGCUGGAUAUCCCUUCACUGGUAGCCUGGUAACAUACACUCCCAGGUCUUUCUCUGCCUCUGUGGUGGAUAGUGGAGUGUUUCCCAUGUGGUAUUGGUGUGCUGGAUAUCCCCUCCCAAGGUGCAGGACUUUACAUUUUUCUUCACUGAAUUGUAGCAGCCACUUUUUGUUCUGUUCCUGUAGCUUGGUGAGGUCUAACUGUAGGAAAUCCGCAGUCAAGGGGUUAAAUUACACCUGAAAAUGCCCGAAACGCCUGCGAAAGCCUUGUCAAAUAUGUGCAAUUGGGUGCUGAAGGAAUACGGGUCCUGGUCUGUAAACCUGGUCCACGGUGAUCCAAGUAAUACUGAUCUUUGGUAACACUGAUCUUAUUUCUAACACAUGUGAACUGAAGGGCCGCCUCGGUCUGCACGGGAAUGAAGGGGCAGUUUUACAGUCCAGUACAGCAAUUUCGUAAGCCCCCCAACCAAGCACUAUAUACUACGAAAAUUCCUUGUAUUGUAUUUGCGAUUGAUAUAAAUAGGAUUAAAUUUUAGUAGAUCACACGGGAAGUCUUUAGUAUCUGGCAUUGAGAAGAAAAAACAGAUCAUUGUGGAAAUUCUAGCUUGGUUUGGGCGCUUGCAAUGAUUCUGUUGACUGUCGAACUGCCCCGAAGUGGUCUUGUCACAGGAGUUCACAGCCUUGUUACCCGCCACGGCCGUUCCCACAGACAUAUCCAGCACGGUUCUGGCUUUAUAAUUAUGGCUAGUAAAUUUUUCCGUGUUUAUGUUGAUUUCUUGACUCCGCCAUUAUUAUUUUUUUUACUGACUUAAUCAUGUGUGUGUGUGUGUGUGUGUGUGUGUGUGUGUGUGUGUGUGUGUGUGUGUGUGUUUCCUAGGUAUAAUUUCUCAUGAGGCUUCUGUUUUAAAUGCUUUCUUCUGUGAUUAAAAAGACUCAGGAUGGACCAUGUGAACUAUUUACUGUGUGUGUGUGUGUGUGUGUGUGUGUGUGUGUGUGUGUGUGUGUGUGUGUGUUAUAAUCAUUACCAAACUACGAAACAUUUUUACAACACGUCUUACACACACACACACACACACACACACACACACACACACAAGGAUUUUUGCACUGACAGAGGAGCGGUUACUAUCCAUCUUAAGCAAGGGGGAUGGGGUAAGUGGUGUGUGAAGGCCCCAGCAGUACCCAGAGAUCGACUAUAAUGAGCUUGUUCGGGUCGGGAGGGCACUUGCUGGCGAUGACGUCCCCAGCUCGUGAUCAGGCCGUGGUGAAUCACACACACCCGGGAUCAGUGUUCACCUCAGUAAAGCAGACUAUGUAAAGAUUACGAGCAUUAAAAUUUAAACAUGA